GCUUCUUCAGACAGACGUUGGCGUCAGCCAGUAGGCGAGGGCGCUUUCCGCGGCUUCUGAUUGGUCGCUUCGUUCGCAUAUAAAAGAUGCUCGUUGCCCGGCGGGCCUUCUCUCGCCAGGCGUCCUCGUGUGAGUGACAUCGUCUUUAAACCCUGCGUGGCAAUCCCUGACGCACCGCCGUGAUGCCCAGGGAAGACAGGGCGACCUGGAAGUCCAACUACUUCCUAAAGAUCAUCCAACUCCUGGAUGAUUACCCAAAAUGCUUCAUUGUGGGAGCAGACAACGUGGGCUCCAAGCAGAUGCAGCAGAUCCGCAUGUCCCUCCGCGGGAAGGCUGUGGUGCUGAUGGGAAAGAACACAAUGAUGCGCAAGGCCAUCCGAGGGCACCUGGAAAACAACCCAGCUCUGGAGAAACUGUUGCCACACAUCCGGGGGAACGUGGGCUUUGUGUUCACCAAGGAGGACCUCACUGAGAUCAGGGACAUGCUGCUGGCCAAUAAGGUGCCAGCUGCCGCCCGUGCCGGUGCCAUAGCCCCGUGUGAGGUCACCGUGCCCGCCCAGAACACUGGUCUCGGGCCCGAGAAGACCUCCUUCUUCCAGGCUUUGGGCAUCACCACCAAAAUCUCCAGGGGCACCAUUGAAAUCCUGAGUGAUGUGCAACUGAUUAAGACUGGAGACAAAGUGGGAGCCAGCGAAGCCACAUUGCUGAACAUGCUGAACAUCUCCCCAUUUUCCUUUGGGCUGAUCAUCCAGCAGGUGUUUGACAAUGGCAGCAUCUACAACCCCGAAGUGCUUGACAUCACAGAGGAGACUCUGCAUUCUCGUUUCCUGGAGGGUGUUCGCAAUGUUGCCAGCGUGUGUCUGCAGAUUGGUUACCCAACUGUGGCGUCCGUGCCCCAUUCUAUCAUCAGUGGGUACAAGCGGGUCCUGGCUUUGUCUGUGGAGACUGAUUACACCUUCCCACUUGCUGAAAAGGUCAAGGCCUUCUUGGCUGAUCCAUCUGCAUUUGUGGCUGCUGCCCCCGUGGCUGCCGCCACCACUGCUGCUCCUGCCGCCACCGCCGCCGCAGCCCCAGCCAAGGUUGAAGCAAAGGAAGAGUCAGAGGAGUCGGACGAGGACAUGGGAUUUGGUCUCUUUGACUAAUCACCAAAAGCGGCCAAAACGGCCAGCUUUAUUUGUGAAACAAGGAAAUAAAGGCUUAAUUUCUCUCAAAAA